AGCACAACAUCACUCUCGUCUAACCGUGACGACUAUGGCCACAGUCCUCCCUAUAUUCUUUAUAUUUGCCAUCGUCGUGGCGCUCAUGACCUCCGCUGCUCUCUUCACGCCGAAGGGUCCCCAACAAGUGGUAGUCCGAACUGCGAUCAUGUUAACAUUGGCCUGUUGCUUCCUCUUGUGGAUGGUGACAUACUUGGCCCAACUCCAUCCUCUCAUUCAACCUCAACGCUCCCUGAAAGUGGAAGGGUAAGCCGGCUGGUGCAAGAGCUGUCGCAGAUUCCCUUUACCUUACGGACUAUAUCCCAGCAUGUUGUAUCUAAUUCAAACGCAUUCUCAUUGUUGAGGUCUCGAAUAGUCGAUGUCGAUGACCAGCAUCUUCCGUCUGCGUGAUACAAGCCCGAUGGCAUGACUCUCUGAAAACGUUUUCUGGGGAUCUCUUGUACCAGACCCACGUCGUGGAGUGUUGGCUAUCUCAGCGGUCUGGGAGUGUUCGAGCCAAUUACUGCGCAAAACACCAUAUCACCUUCGGAACACGAGCUCGGCACCGUUUGUGAGCUGCGUAAGAUGCAAUUCAAGAGACUGGUCUGCAGAACCUCAACCAACCAGACAAGAUUUCCUAUUGGUAAGUGCUAAACAAACAGUCCGAAAUCAAUUAUGCGGAGGGCUCGCACGAACGCGUCAAAAUCGCGCUGCAUUUCAUUCCACAUGGUAUCCCCGUUGGAUUCGCUAGGCUCUGAGGGAACAUUGAAUGUAACCACCAAGUCUACGUGCUUGUGUUCCACACGGAACAAUGCCAUUAGGAUGCGCACAUGAUCUUGCUCCUGUUUGUUGAAUUUAGCCACCGACUGCGAGCCUGUAAGGAUGAUCGCGUGUGGUGUCUGAUCCCCGUGUCCAUUUGGAAUGCAUGAGACUGAGUUGACUGUUGUCGACGAUGCCGAAUUGUCGUGAGCAAGGGAAUCAAAGUGGAAUCUGGAAUGCCCGUUUGAGAUGAUGACUGAAGAUAUGGGUACCACGGACCUGAUUGCUGCAUCGUCCUCGGAGGAUUCCACGCGUUCUAAUAUCUCCACGAUGAUGCUGACUGCUGAGGCAGGAUAAAGAAACACCUCUUGAUUAUCAGGUAUUUGCCGUAGAUCACUAAGAAAACAUAAGGGGAAGACACAGGCCGAGGAAAUCGAAUACGAUGCAUCGACCAGCCCUGAAGGUGCCUCCGUCACGAUCGCCCCUCCGAAUAGUUGUCGCGUACUUGAAGACAUAUGAUAUUGUAGCCGGCUAGAGAAGAGUCAAGAUGGGCCAUAGUCAC